GGCGGCUUUUGUUUUGGUGGAAGAAAGCAUGGAGACGGGUGAGAAGGACCGAGCUCGCUCAUCUAAACUUAAGAAAGGUGGAAAAGCAGCUCAAGUGAGGUCAGCUGAAGAGGAAGCCAGAAGGAAGGAGGUUCUGAAGGAGGCCCUGAGGGAGAAGCUUGAGUUGGAGCGAAGAGCUCUUCAGGUGGUGGAAAGGCUCCUGGACGACAGCGUGACAGAGGAUUUCCUGAUAGACUGUGCUCGACUGAUCACACCAGCAAACUACAGAGAUGCCGUGGAGGAACGCUCCAUCGCCAGACUGUGUGGAUAUCCUCUCUGCUCCAACAAAUUCACUCACGUUCUGACUCAGCAGUAUAAAAUUUCCACCAAGUCCAAUAAGGUGUAUGACAUCACCGAGCGUAAGUGCUUCUGUAGUAAUUUCUGCUACAAAGCCUCAAAAUAUCUCGAAGUCCAGAUCUCCAAAUCCCCGCUGUGGCUCAGAAAGGAGGAGAGACAUCAUGACGUGAUGCUGUUGAAGAAGGGAGAUGGAGGAACGUCUGGUCUGGAGGUGAAGCUAUUGGACAGGCCUGUGAGUAAAUCAGACGUUGAGAAUCUGAUCCCAGAAUUCGCUGGGUCGCACGGAGGCUCCAGUGAGAGCGAGUACAGCGGUGAUGAUGAGCAGGGCUUCGUGUCCACUGUGGUGUCCAGACAGCAGCAGCAGCCGAGGCGUGUUCACUGGGGGGAUCUGUCCAAACAGGACGAGGAAAACCAAGCACACGCCGGUGACGCCGCAGUGGCAGGUACGCGGUGUGAGAAAGCAAAGUGCUGUGCUGAUGACACAAAGAUCUCUCAACCCGUCACUCACUCGGCGUCUGUGGACGAAACCAAUGAACUUCUCCGGCAGGUUACUCUCUCAAACACUCCUGCCUCGGCUGAAAGCUUCCUUGAAACGAACCUCGGCAUCUCCCAGGUGGGGAUGAGCAAAAAAACUGCUGCUGGACUCCGAAACCUGCUGAAGAGCCACGGGACAGCGAGAGCCAGUGUUUCAGCAGUCACGCUCAGUCUGCUCGAAGAUCUCACAAGCACGCUGGUGGAGUGGAGAACCGAUGAGACCAUGAGGUUCCUGUACGGACCAGAUUACACCUCACACACCGAGGCCGAACUGCCGAGCGAUGAUGAUGAUGAAGAAAAUGAGGAGGAGGAGCUGGAUGAAGAUGACCUGGAUGAUGUUGAGCAGGUGCAGCAGUCAGGAGGAGGUUCGGGAGGAGGAGAAGCUCGGACUCAACCAUCUGCAGCAGCACCUGAUUACGAGACUCUGAGGAGAGAGAAGCAGAUGCUGGAGCUCCGAGUGCACGAGUUUUACAGAGGAGUGUGUGUCCUGCCUGAGGAGGUGCAAAGCGAAGCUCUGGAGGAGAAAACAGACACCGAGGAGAGAGAGAACGUCCCACCGCUGCUGCUGGCCGACUCUCGGGCUCAGCGAGCGAUCCAGAGACGCAUUGCUGUGGAGAAGCUCUGCAGAAGUUUAAGGGACAUCGUCGGGCCUCUGGGGGUAACCAUGAACGAAAUCAUCAACGAUAUUAACGGCAUAGUCCGGACCUUCAGAUUUACAAACGUUAACAUCAUCCACAAGCCUCCUGAAUGGACCCUGAUUGCCGUCGUUUUGCUCUCAGCGUUAACCGCAGUGUCUCCAUCGCUGAAGGAAUCGAUGACAAGGAUGUGUUCAGUUGAGUACAUCAGCUCUCUCAUGAAGGAGCUCAGGCUGAAGGAUGAGGAUCUGCAGAGCCUCGUGAAGCUCUUCAAGCCUGACAGGAAAUCACACGCGAGAUGCUCGGCUGCAGAGGAGAGCCGAGUGACAGCGCAGGAAAACGUCUAGGAACAAUAAUGUGCAAUCUGUUGUUUUUUUUUUUUAAUGCAGUUGUGUGGAGAAGAAUGUAAGACUACUUGAAAUGUUUUUUUUUUCCUGAAAGCACUCAUGAUAUAUAUAUUUUUUUUGUUGGUAGUGUUUGUUUUGUUGUUUGAAGUUAUUAAAAUGUUUGGA